GGAGCCGGAGGGGCCGGCCGGCGGGUCCCGGGUCCCGGGUCCCCGGUCCCGCUUCCGCCAUGCCGCUGGGCCUGAAGCCCACGUGCAGCGCCUGCCGCACCACCAGCUCGUCCAUGUGGAGGAAGGGCGCCCACGGCGAGAUCCUCUGCCACGCCUGCACCGGACGGGGAGGACCCGCCGCCGCCGCCGCCACCGCCGCCGCCGCCGCCACCGGCACCGCCACCGGAGGCCCGGCCGCCGCGGGAGGAACCGGAGGAGGAGGAGGAGGAGGAGGCUACGGCGGGGCCGGAUUCGCCAGCACCUCGGCCGCCGCUUCCCUACAGAGCAACGGCGGCGGCGGCGGCGGCGGCGGCGGGAAGCAGAGCAAGCAGGAAAUCCACAGGAGAUCCGCCCGGCUGAGGAACACCAAAUACAAGUCCGCUCCGGCUGCCGAAAAGAAAGUUUCCACCAAAGGCAAAGGGAGGAGACACAUUUUCAAAUUAAAGAAUCCCAUCAGAGCACCUGAGGCCGUGUCCACCGUCGUCACCGCAGAGUCCAUCUUCCACAAGGGCGUGUACUACCAGCUCGGGGACGUGGUCUCCGUGGUCGACGAACAGGACGGAAAGCUAUACUUCGCUCAGAUCCGGGGCUUCAUCCAGGACCAGUACUGCGAGAAGAGCGCUGCCCUGACCUGGCUCCUGCCCACCGCCGUCAGCCCCAGGGACCAGUUUGACCCGGCGUCUUACAUCCUAGGGCCAGAAGAGGACCUUCCCAGGAAGAUGGAGUAUUUGGAGUUUGUCUGCCACGCCCCUUCCGAAUAUUUCAAGUCCCGCUCUUCCCCGUUUCCCACGGUCCCCACCCGCCCAGAGAAGGGCUAUAUCUGGACGCACAUUGGACCCACGCCGGCCAUCACCAUCAAAGAGGCCGUGGCCAACAGCCUGUAACUCUCCCUUCCCGGAAGGCCUGGGCUGGCAGGCCUGAGAGAGAGCGCUCGUCCGAAAGAAAAAUGGACUCUCGCCGGGCCUCUGGGCCAGACUGGAAACUUUCUUCUUCCUAGACACAGCCAGAGGUCUGGGUCCCGGGAUAAUGUGAGUAAGGGGUAAUGGAACUGUGUGGUCAGGGGUGGGAGGGAGGGAGGGGAAGCACUUCCCAUUCCCAGAGGCCAGGGAUGAGCGGGGAGCUCUGGGUGGGUCCCCAGCAGGCAGGCUUGGGGCUGACUUCAGGCUUCCACAAAGAUGAUCACCAUCCAAGGUGAGCAGUGUGAAUUCUAGCGCUUCAGUGGCGCAUUAAAAGUUAUUUUUCACUGAACUCAU